AUACGUCCGUUUAUAGUAAAGUUGUGCUCGUGCCAAGAGUCUCGAACCAAACUUUUGUGAUAUUUCCUGCGAUGACUUUAAAUCAUAAGGAAUAAACUCCUCCCUCCGGAGUUACUGUCAAGUUAAGAAAGAAAGAAAAACCUCCCAUCAUGUUUGUGUCCGGUGAAGUGAAAAUGCGCCUGGACCCUGGAAGUUGAUGAGCAGAGAUGAGUUCCGUGUGGACCGGGGACGUGUCGGGUCGGCGGCAGGUCACAACUCGGACUUGAUGGAAACGGUCGAGAGAGGAGGAGGAAGAAGCAGAGAAGAAGAAGAAGAAGAAAAGCCGAGAUCUGCUCCGACUUUUACGCGCAGCGCCGCUUGACGCUCGGCUCCGUUCCCCCUCGGCGGAGAUGUAGCUCGCGCCGCGUCGUCGUCGUCGUGGUGUCUGGUGCCGCCGGAGGAACUGGGGAUGUAGCCACGAGUGUGCCCGCGAUCACCCCCCGAGUUGGCGCCGACAUGUCCGACGCCGCGACGCCGGGCAAGAGCGUCGAGUGGCUGCAGCGGCAGCUGGCGUCCGGCGGCGCGUCGCCGCUGCUGCUGCUCGACUGCCGCUCGCACGAGCUCUACGAGUCGUCGCACGUCGAGUCCGCCAUCAACGUCGCCAUCCCGGGCCUGAUGCUGCGCCGCUUCCGCAGGGGCAACGUGCCCGUCCGCACCGUGGUGCCCAACCACGAGGACAAGGACGAGUUCAUGCGGCGCUGCAAGACGGACGCGGUGCUGCUGUACGACGAGUGCGCCCGCGAGCCUCCGGCCGGCGGCGCGCAGACCUCGGUGCUCGGCCUGCUGCUCCACAAGCUGCGGGAGGACGGCUGCAGCGCCUUCUACCUGGAAGGUGGAUUUGUUAAGUUCCACACCGAGUACCCGGAACACUGCGAGACCCUCCUCGACAGCUCCUGUCCGAGUUCCUCUCCUCCGCUCCCUGUUCUGGGCUUCGGAAAUCUCCGGAUCAGCUCGGACUAUUCCGACGGCGAGUCCGACCGAGAGCCGAGCAGCGCCACGGAGUCCGAGGAGAGCCCCGUCCCCAGCAACCAGCCGGCUUUCCCCGUCCAGAUCCUGCCUUACCUCUACCUGGGCUGUGCCAAAGACUCCACGAACCUCGACGUGCUGGGCCAGUACAACAUCAAGUACAUCCUGAACGUCACGCCCAAUCUGCCCAACAUGUUUGAGCACGACGGCCACUUCAGGUACAAACAGAUUCCCAUUUCGGACCACUGGAGUCAGAACCUGUCCCAGUUCUUCCCAGAGGCCAUAUCUUUUAUCGAAGAGGCUCGGUCGAAGCAGUGCGGCAUCCUGGUCCACUGCUUGGCCGGCAUCAGCCGCUCGGUCACGGUCACCGUGGCGUACCUGAUGCAGAGGCUGGACCUGUCCCUCAACGACGCGUACGACUUUGUCAAGAGGAAGAAGUCCAACAUUUCCCCCAACUUCAACUUCAUGGGCCAGCUCCUGGACUUUGAGAGGACGCUGGGGCGGCACAGUCCCUGCGACAACCGCACCACCACCAACACCACCACCAACACCACCACCAACACCGCCACCACCACCAGCAGCAGCAGCAGCAGCAGCGAGGAGCAGCUGUUCUUCACCACGCCGACCAAUCACAACGUCUUCCAGCUGGACACGCUGGAGUCCACAUGAGGAUCAGUCGGGAUGGGGUUUUGUUCCCCGUCUUUUUUCUUCUGAGGCCUCACCAGUUGACACCGGCGGCGAGCCACCGAAGGAACAGAGCACACAAGCUCCGUCUCGAUGCCUUAAUAUCUAACUAAAGACUUCGCUAUCCACCACACAUGGCUUUAAUAAAUGGCCAUGUGCAGCCAUAAGAGCAGGACUUUUCUCUUUUAACUUCUCUAUCACAUCUAGGAUUGUGGUCUUCGAAUGUCACUUGUUUCUUCACCAGCUGUAAACUGGAUGUUAACGUAUUUCUUUACGUUAGUCGCGAUCGGUGCCUUGACGGGAGUGAAGGGAGUCUUUUUGCCAAUCGGAAUGCUUUCUGUGGACCAAUCCGAGGUGUUUUCGACGGUACUCUGUUUUCGCCAAUGUCUGGUAAACACCCAGAUUACGAAAUAUCAAAAUUGAAUUAUUAUAUUAUAUAAUAAUAAUAAUAUUGUAUACUUAUCACUCUUCAGAAAUCCUCCUGUACAUUCCAUGACUUGUGAUGGUGCGUUCACACUGGACGCGGCGUGAAUUUUUAGCGCGUCAAGAUCACAUACAAAGUCGAGCAAAGUCGCUGAAAUCUUUGAACUCCAGCGAUGUAUUCGGCACAACAGUUCAUGUUUACCUGCGUGCGUGUGCGUGCGUGCGUGCAUCGCCUCCGGUGUGAACGCACCAUAACUGUAUUAUUUGCAUUGUGAUCCUGUUCCACCGAGGAGCGCGUUGUGAAACCUUCAGGUCAUCGUUCCUGUUAUUGUCGGGGCCUCGGCCUAAAGGUGAAGCUGAACAAGAUGUCGCGCGUGUUGCCACAGUCCAAAGGAACACGUGGAGGUAAUCGGUGUAUAAAGAAACGAAUGUCCAACCUUGUCUUCAGCCUGCAGCUACUCUUGUCCGUGGCACAGUCAUGUUAAUUAAGGGAAUCGCGACGGGUAAUUAGCUUCCCUCCGCCGCCACCGUCUCUCGCCUGCGAACAAGCGAGUGGGUUCGAUGUACGAGUGUGGAAACGGAAAAGGAAAGAGAGUUUUGACUAAUGUGUGUUCUUACCUCACGGAGACGUUUUCAGGGAUUUUUUUUUAUAUAACCAGGCAUAUGUAACUCGUCAGGCCUCUGAAAGUUCAUCCAAGGGCUGUUUGUUUUUUUUGCUUGUGUUUAUGUAAAGUUGUACAUAAAAAUAAAAUGAGGUGGUUAUUGGGACAUUUUCUUAAAAAGAAAUCAUGAAGAAUGUGACGGUGAUCCCAUUUUUUUGGCCCCUCAUGUAUAGUGUAAUGUAAAAUGUCCAAGACUUUCUGUACAAGUUUAUACAACAAAUAUAUUGUAUAUUUUUACUUGA